ACACACCCACUUGUCUAGCUGACGUCAGAGAUCAGACAGGAAACUGAUCCAGAAGCGCAGUCAGCUGACGGCACAGGCGAAAACAGCAGCAUCUGUUCUAGGAAAGAGAAUGGCGUACCCAAAAUCCCACAACCCGUUUGCCGAUGAUGACGAGGAGGAGACGACCGCCUCCCGAUCAAGAGGUGGUUUCAACUUUGACGACGACCCAGCCGAAAGCCGCAUGACCGAGGCCGAGCGUCGACAGAGGCAUCUCCAGCAGGAGGUCAUGCGGACGGCGCAGUCCGCCGUGGACAGCAGCAACAGGUCGCUUGGACUUAUCUAUGAGUCGGAGAAAGUCGGCACAGAGACGGCAGAGGAGCUGAUGCGUCAGGGCGAGGCCCUGAAGCGGACGGAGCGCAUGGUGGACAACAUGGAGCAGGACAUGCGGACGAGCCAGCGCCAUAUCAACAGCAUCAAGAGUGUGUGGGGUGGCCUGGUCAACUACUUCAAGGCCAAGCCCGAACCCGCCAAACCUCCUCAGAGGGACCAGCCCACGGGAUACCAAGCCAACAGCAAGCUCCAGGACGCCCUAUCGGAAAGUAAACAACAAGAGGACCGGUAUGAGGCCAGCCAUCCCAACCUACGGAAACUGGACACAUCUGGAUUUGGCGCUUCAGCUGCAUCAAAUGACACUCCGUCCAAUCAGAAUGGCUAUUCUAAGAACAGACACCUACAAGCUGCCCAUGAAAAACUGGAUGACAACUUGGAUGAGAUGUGUUCGGGCCUGAGCCGGCUGAAGAACCUGGGUCUGGGCCUGCAGUCUGAGAUCGACGACCAGGACGUGUCUCUGGACUCACUGCUCAACAAGGUGGACAACAUGGACGGACGCAUCAGCUCCACCAACCGCCAGCUCAAAAAACUAUAAACAACACAAACAAACAAACAAACAAAAUAGAACUCUGCCAGGGCCAAUGUCAGCCCAGUGCACACACUAUGUGCCGGACAUAUUGUGCACACACACACACACACACACACACACACACACACACACACACACACACACACACAUAUCCACACAAGAAAACUGUAUUCAUGCACAAGUCCUUAAUCACUCAACUCAAAGUUUUUUUUAUCUUGUUUCUUGUGAAGGGAGUGUGUAUGUUGAGGGGUGGUGUGAUAUUGAUGUCUGUCUGUGUGUUUGUUUGUGAGUGAAUGGAUGGUAUAAGACUGGAUUGCGAGAUUUGCUGUGAAUUUGAAGUUGUUUUGAAGAGAGCCAUUGUUUUUGUUUGUUUGUGUGAAUGUACAGUAGUCUGUCAUGAGAGGUUCUACAGUAUCUCAUAAUAUUCAUCAUGUAAUAGAGUUAAAACUUUGUGGCCUAAACAAGCAAGAACUCUGUUUCUCUGUCUGUCUUUCUCUCUCUCCUGUUGUCUCUCACUAUUUCACUCCAUCUCUCACACACAUACAUACACACACACACUUGUACACACACACCAAACUUCUUUAUCACUCAGCAGUCAGCACAUGUGUCACCGUAACUAAACUUAACCAUCUCAAGCUUGAGCUGCAUGACUUUCAGCCCACUUUGUGUCUUUUCUAUGCUCAAGCGUUGCAGCUAGCCGGUGGCUGUGCUAGUGUGUAGUCUGGCAUUGUCAUAACUGCUGCAGCUAGCCGGUGGCUGUGCUAAUGUGUAGUCUGGCAUUGUCAUAACCGCUGCAGCUAGCCGGUGGCUGUGCUAAUGUGUAGUCUGGCAUUGUCAUGACCACUGCAGCUAGCAACUGUGCUAAUGUGUAGUAGUCUGGCAUUGUCAUGACUGCUGCAGCUAGCAACUGUGCUAAUGUGCAGUAGUCUGGCAUUGUCAUAACUGCUGCAGCUAGCGGCCAUGCUAAUGUGUAGUAGUCUGGCAUUGUCAUAACUGCUGCAACUAGUGACCAUGCUAAUGUGUAGUAGCCUGGCAUUGUCAUGACUGCUGUAGAUAGUGUAGCACUGUCUCAUUCUGUCUGGGUCUUGGAGCCUUGUGUCUAUACCGCACCUGGUUCGCAGUCAACCCCUGUCUGGGUCAAAGGUCAACUCAGUUCUCUGUCAAAUUCCUCAAAUCCAAGGAAUUAAAUUGAAUUAAAAUUCAAACUAGUUUUAUUGACUAAUUUUAUUGGCUAGUUUGUGUUGCCAGCUCAUUUCUAGUUGUAAAGCGACUUGACAGCUAUGGGCCACAUCAGGGCUAGAUUUGAUUCUCUUGCCUGGGAUUGAUUUGCCAGCUGUAUUGGCUAAUCAAUUCGUGUUGCCAAAUCAUGUCUAGUCGUAAAGCCCGCUUUCCGCAUGGCUACUGGGGAGGCCCUAUGAUCAGUGUGGGAACACCUGUACUUACUGCCCACUGCACAGCUGUACUUAUGCCAUUGUUGAGCUCACUGAACUCGACCUUGUGGAAAGGUGUGUGUGUCUGUCUGUCUGUGUCUAUGUAAGCAUUCAUGUGUGUGCCAGAGAGAGAACCACACAUACUGACCAUCUGCCUUCACGCUGUCCCCGCCCUCACACAGUACUGAGGUGGUGGGUUCUUCCAUAAACUCCUGGCCCCUUUGCCCAUUGUUUUAUACCUGUUUGUUACGUUUAAUGUUAUUUGGUGGAAUUUAGUCUGUCACCCCUGGGCUGCUGUACACUGUAAUGUAGGGAGAUUAUCUUGAGAACUAAAACUUUGUGGGAAAAACCUUCAGUCAAGUUCAUUUCAUUCAUUUUUUUAUUGGGUCAGAUUGUUCAUCCAUCCUUGCUCCCCAUAUGUAUUUCCGAUGGCAAAAUGUAUGUUGUAAAAUGUGUUUUCAAUGAAUGAAUGAAUGAACAAACGAAAAAAGAGAUACAACAGUAAUAAAACAUGUAUUAUACUUUUA